AAUAUUUACUAAAACCAAACGUCAAUAAUUUUCUACUUUGUUAGUUUUGGAAAAGAAAAACCUCUUUCUAAUUGCUAAAAAAAACAUAAUUAAUUGGAAAAAUAACAAAAAAUAAUAUAAAAAAUGCCUUUAUCCUUUGAAAAUAUGUGUCGUACAUGCAUGCUGAAUGAAAGUAAACAGCAAGAAAUGGCAAACAAAAAUAAAGUAAAAAUGAAAACGCCACAAAUGGUGUCCAUAUUUACAGUUCCGGAGGAAGCCAAAGAAAAACUUAAUUUAAUGGAGCUGAUUAAAACUACAGUACCACAAUUGAAAAUCGAUGAAAAUGAUCAGUUGCCGAAGAAUGUGUGUGUCGAAUGCUCCGAAAAAAUCAAAGAAAUGUAUAAUUUUCAGCAGACAUGUCUAAGUAAUGAACAUAAAUUCUAUAAAAUGUUAGAAGGAGACGAUGAUGCCAUUAAUCCAUUCAAUGAUACAGAGGACCAUGAAGAUGUCUUUAAGACUGAAUUUGAUGAUUCGUUCAUUGAAGAGAAUUCUUUACAGACUGACGAAGAAAUGAUUAUGGAAGAGGAAAUAAAUAGAGCAGCCGAAGCAAAAGAAGAAUUCAUCGAAAGCUACAGUGAUUGUAGUAUUGACUUAGUUUGGGAUGAUGAUAAUAAUAGUGAUGCAGAUUGGAAUGAAAAGAAAGUGACAAGUAAAUUGAAAAAAAGUAAAAAACACAAAAAUGAACUGGUUGAUGAUGAAAUAUUCAACGUUUUUUGUGCGGAUGAGAAAAACGAAGAUGAUAAUAAUUAUGAAGAUGAUGAUGAUGAUGAUGAAUUUAAAAGCAGUACAACGAAAAGAACAACAAUAACAAAAGAAAUGAAAACUAAAGGAAAUUAUCCGUGCAAACGAUGCAAGAAAAUAUUAAAAUCAAAAGAUUCAUUAUUAAGACACGAAGGAAGACACGAAAAAAGAGACAAAGAAGGACGCAAAUAUGUAUGUAACAUUUGCAAUAAAGCAUUUCAUUAUGGUUCUGUAUUGAGGGAACAUCAAAGAAAACAUGUUGGCGAACGUCCUUAUCUGUGUUCCGAGUGUGGCAAAGGCUUUACAUCGGCUGGAAGUUUAAAGCAACAUUCACUACGUCAUUUAGAGGAAAAACAAUUUCCUUGUCCCGACUGCCCCAGAUCGUUUCCUACCAAAACUGAUAUGCUGUCUCAUUAUGAUAUUCACAAGGCUAAACCAAGAAAUCACAUUUGUGAUGUUUGUGGUCGUGGAUUUUACAAGCCAUACUUGUUAAAGCAGCACAAAAUGUAUCACAACAAUGAAAGACCAUUUGCCUGUGAAUAUUGCGAUAAAAGUUUUGUUACGCACGAAAAAGUCAAACGUCAUACCCGCAUUCAUACUGGUGAAAAACCCUACAAGUGUAACUAUUGUGUGCGAACAUAUUGCCAGUCAAGUGAAUUAAUGAAACAUUUACGUUCACAUUUGGGUGAAAAUGUUUAUCAGUGCGAAUUGUGUCCGGUUAGAUUAAAAACUGUUAAACUUUUACGCAGCCAUUUUGCAACACACAAAAACGAUGAUGAAGAAACAAAAGCCCGCAAUUUAGCCGAACUUAAUGCAUUGGAAAUGAAAGGCAUGUUUUUCAAAUAAGAGAUCUAAAUACAAUACAAGUAAAGUAUUUAUUGUAUGAUAUAUUAUUUGGCAUUAAUUUCUAAUUAUUCAAUUCGAAUAUAUUAGUUAUAUAUAUUGUAGUUAUGGAUUUUUUUAUAUUAAAAUAAUUUUAUGGUUAUUUUUAAUUAUUAAAUAAAUAUAAAUAAACUAUAAAGAACACAUCUUUUUUUAACUUUAUUGAGUGAAAAAUAGUUGUAACUUAUGCGAAAAGAAACGAGUUUUUAACAUUUGCUAUAAAAAUGUGUGAUGCAUUAAAGUAAUUCCAAAACUACUCCCCUGUAAACAUGAUUAAGGGUGUUUUUCCCGUUUUUCAUACCAAUCACGUCCCCGGAUGGCGUAUGGGGACUAUAUUUUCUCUCUCAGCUUUAGUUUCACUCAAGCUGAGGGAGGGCAGAUUGUACACCACCUGGGAAUAUUAUAGUAUUACAGUAACGGCAGCAAGUGCUGAUCGACUCGCGAGUCACGCGUCUUUAUAUUGCAAUCGUGAGUAACAUACUACUACAGAGGUGGAUACCGUGGCCUCCUUGGCGGACAGUGCGUAAAGUGUACAGCAUGCCAUGGGCAAAAACAUAGGGUUGACUGGAAAUAAUGUACUCGGAGCAAGCUCUAUGCUACCUCAGCCUUCAAAUAUAGGUUAGGGCUCCGUUUGUGUCUGUGGGUGGAAGGGAUGCUGGAAAAACUGCGCCUCAUCAGUCGGUCUUGACCAUAGGUCUAUUUGUAGACCUAGCGGUAUAAUAAAUGCCCUGUGUCGUAAGGUAACAGUUGAGGCAACUGUACCAACCAAUUCCAAGUAUUGGGUGAUUUGGUGCAAUCAUGUACGACACGAAAAAACAUCAGUGGGGAGUUCAGGAAGCUUGGCAAGAUGAAUUUUUGACCUCUAAAUUUAACAAAAGCUUGUCUGCCACAGAGAUAGUUUGACAUCGUUGGGUAGUGUUGAAUUAGUGAUGUCGUUUAUCAGACCUUGGAUAAAUCCAGGGCGGCGACGAUGGUGCGCUGACACGGCCAUUAGCAAACUGUUAUCUGUGUUAAAGCUGUUAUGGUGCUAUGCGCUUCCCUGAAUCCACGCUGGUGGUUUGCGUUCCCACGAUAAAUGGAUCAACCGAAUGAAAGAGGUCCAUAGCGUAGUUGAAUUACCUAUUACUAAGAAAUCACUAUAUGGAUACAGUUUUUCUAAUAAGAAGUCGAAGCCAAGCCUCGAAACAGAAUCUUGCGAGUAACGGUAACAAUGCCAAGCAUCCUCGAAGGUAAAGGUAUCUCAAAGGAAGACAAAAGAAAACUGCGAUGUCUUUUACCGGAAGAAAGAACCUGAGGGAACUCCGUUCGUAAUAGAUAUCAAUAUGAAUUUCAUGACUAGUCUUGUAAAGAAUAAUGGUAAGCCUUACUACGCUUCUAAAGCUGUCAUAUUUAAAAUUGGGAAGGUGCCAAUUGGAAGGGCUGUUACAUGAAGCCUCUAAAAGACACUAAAAAACGAUAACGAUAAGAAGUCAAAUCUUAAACGCGAUGAAGUAACCACUAGCUGACCAAAAUAAAGUACUAAAAUAACUAAAACGGUACCCAAAACUUCAUUAAAAGUAAUGAUAAUGAUAAGGAGCCAAAUCCAUAAAAUGAGAAGGAAAUCAUUCACUCGUCAGAGCAGUUCUGUCCAACAGCAGUUCUGUCCAAAAUUGGGAAGGUGACGAUUAAAAAGACUGCUAUUCCUAUGUCCGAUAAUCUAGCAAUGCUUUGAUGGCUAAAAUUAACAAAUGUAAAAUAUAUAUAACUUUAAUCCAGGAACCUUGGACGAUUCGCAACAAAUUACAAAUACCAAUCGCUGGGGACAAGCCCUUACCGAUUUCUUAUCGAUAGAAUAUAGACGCCAAAAUACAAACGCUCACAAAGUUAAUUUGAUCGAGGACAGCUGCCCUCUGCGAAAUCGAAAAUCUGCCCAGGAGAAACCCUGGUUAACUGAGGAGAUCCGCAACCUUGGGAGGACUCUUUGCAAACUAUUUAACCGGACACGGCGUAAAAAGACUACGAAACUCCAGGUAACUUUUCAGUGAACAGGUAGGGCAGGAGGCUGGAGGAUAUGGACGAGACAUUUCCUACCUGGUAUAUUAAAUAGCAUAGAUAAACUGAUAUUUGAGAAAGGGGAGGCAAACACGGAAAUUGUUAUUACAUCUGAUAUGGUUAAAGGUACAAUCAAGAGUUUUGCUCCCUACAAGGCUGCAGACAAAAGGACUAUCGAUGGAAACGGCUUUAAACAAAGUUGUCCACUACAUAGGCGAAUCCUUCAAUAGCAAACUGUAUACACUGGCGGUGUGCAUUGACUUCGAUGGCGCCUUCAAAAACGUACACACUGUUACUUUUAUUCAAUCCAUAAACCAAUUUUAUGUUGACCGGAUGUUCCGUAACUGGGUCAACUAAACGCUAAGGAACAGAUGGAUAAGCUGCGAGAUAUACCACAGGGAGGCAUUUUGUCUCCUAUACUCUUUGUUAUCGCUAUUAAUAGCCUCCUAAGGAACCUAACUAACUGAUGAAGGACUUAGACCUGUCUGCUGUGCAGACGAUGUUGUAAUACUUUUAAAGGAAUAGAGUCCAAAUUACUUGUGUAGAAGAGUUGAAAAGGCUUUGAAUGCGGCCUUGAGCUGGACUUAAUGUUAAACGGAAAUCUGUCUUUUCACAAGAAAACAAUUUUUACGUACACUCAACCUUGCUUCCUUGGCAAUAAGUUACAAAGUUAAGUACUUAGGUGUAAUCCUUGACGGGAAAUAAAAAUGGAAACACCACAUAGAGAAUACUGAGAAAACUGAGUUUUUAAACAUUGAAAAAUAAUACACUGGGUGAACAACUUUAAAAAAAACGCAUUUGGUGUAGUAUAUUUAUAUAAAAAAUCUUAACUUCCAAGAAAUAAAAUUAAAAUGUUAUUGUUAAUAAGAAAACAUAUUCGGUUUUUCUAAUUAUAAGUUUACUUUAAAAAGGAUUAUUCUUUGGUUUGUGCUUGAAAUAAGUACUGGGCCAAAUGCUAAAGCGAUCGCAAUUUCUAAUAAAAUUCUAUUGAGUUUUUGAUUGAUUUCGAAGGCCAGAAUUUCGAAAGCAAAUUCGAUUUAAUCUGAGAUAUUAGAUUGUUCUGCAACAGGAUGGAAACAUCUGUACAAUUAUCUUUUUUCAUAAAUUUUUUGAUGGCGAAAAAACCCAUAUUAAGUUUAUUUCCUACAUUAUAUUAUCGGUAAUAUAUAAUAGAUUUAUCAACAGAUUGUUCACAAACUAGUGAAUAGUCUAGUUCAAUGGCAAGUUCAUAAACUACACAAUAGACUACAAUAUAGCCCAUAGACUAAACCUUAGACUAAAUAAUCCAGCCCUAAUUCUAAUUUUUUGACUAGAAAAGUGUCCAAAGUUAAACUUUAAAGCACGAAGACAUAAAAUUGUUAAGUUCGUAUUUACAUAUUAUUAUUUAAACAUUUAAAUAGAAUUGAAUUAUAACGCAUUAUUUUUACGAUUUUU